ACUUUUAAAGCUUAUCUGUUUCUCUGUAAAGAAGUAUAGUCAAUAUUUAUAACUAAUUGUUAUCUUUUCUAUCUGUAGAUUUACAUUUACCACAAAUAUGGUUUGGGUUGUGAUGGUAGGGCUUUUACAAAAAGAUUGGUUUUAGAUUGAAUUUGGAGUGAUGAUGAUUUGCUGUAACAAGGAUGAUCUAAGAUAACUAUUGAUGAGUCAUCAAGAAAAGACAAUGCGGAGGAAAAAAAAGACAUUCGCAUUAAAGCUCAUAGCAGCUGCUUUCAUCACCUUAAUGUUGCUGAGAACUGAUUGGUUGACAUCUGUGUUUAUAAAUAGCAACCAAUCAGAGGAGAGUAAAUGGAAUCUACCAGAAGAUUUUGUAAAUGACAAGCAAGAAAGGAAAAGUAUCCUGAGAGAAAUUCUAAAUGGGGAAGAAAGGAAAAAUGAGGAAGAUCCAGAAUGUCUGAAUCCAAGAUUAAAUAGCAGAAAAGUAAAUGAAACAACGUUAAGAACAGCGGAUUGUAAAAGAAUACAGCCUUUCAAAAGUGCCUGCAGAUUAGCUGCAAAAUUAUUCGGAGAUCCGUCCACCCUUGAUAUUAAUGGAGCCUGCAAGACUCCUUAUACCAGGGAAUAUUGCAACAUUUCAGGCUCUGCAGAUAAAUGGUCCAUCCACUGUGAUAUUUCUUUAUGCCAUAAAUCUUUGUACAUCGGUGAAGCAGACGACACUGGCAAAUUUGUAUGGAAAUUACGCCGUUCAAAUAACCAGCUAAAGAAAUCAAUUGAGAAUGUGAUCGAGACUAGUAAAACUAGAUAUUGUUUUCUUGCGUGUACAAAUAUGUCUCCAGACGAAGAAAAACAGACGGACGAAUAUUUGUACCUUGAAAGCGGGAACCCACAGUUAUUAAUUUUACCUCCGAAGCCAGUUGAAGAAUCUCAAUCAAAAGUAGAAGAUGAAAGUAGUAAACAUGUAAAUUUGAAUUUUAUAUUUAUCGACUCCGUCUCACGACACCAUUUUUAUAGAUCUUUACCACGGACUGUUAAAGCCCUUGAUUCUUUGACAGCUGACUUCAAGGACAGUACAUUGAUGGUCCUUGAUUUUGAACUCGUUCAAGGAGUACGCUUAAGAACUUUUGAAAAUUUGCAGACAUUGUUCUCUGGGUCUAUUAAUCCAUUUGAAGUACCAUUCGGAACUCAGGACAUGCCAAGACAGAUAUUGAAUUUGCAAAAACUGCUGGUGCCUUUAAGAAAGUUGGGAUAUUCGAAUUUAUGGUUAGAAGAUUUGUGCCCGCUUUGGGAAUGGGGACUUUCUAAGGAUUUAUUGGUUUAUAACAAAAGUUUAAGUGAUACUGCCUUAUAUAAGAACUUUAUAGAUGCCAGCAAAAGAGCGGGUAUAGAUGAUUUAGGAACUACCUUUACAAGCUGUGAUAUACUAAAUGCAAAUGAAGUGCCUGACCCGUUUCAUGCGCCAGAUAAAAUAUGCUAUAACGGGCAACAUCAACACGAGUAUAUGCUAUCCUAUCUGAAAAUGUUUCAAGAGACCAUGCUUCAUAGAUCAAAACCAUUUCUGUCAUUCCUCGAAACAAAUAUCGGCCACAUUGGUUCGGGGAAAAGAAUUCAGUAUUUGGAUGCAGCUUUAGCGGAAUAUUUGGUUUGGUCGAGUACGAUGGCCAAUACAUUGACAAUAGUGUUCUCCGAUCAUGGUAAUGCAUACGGGGAUUUUGUAAGUAACGCCCCAGACGGGCGGAUAGAGGUCUAUCAUCCUGUAUUAUUUAUGCUGAUUCCAGAUAAAGUGCAGUCAUUUUUCAAUAAGCAUCAGCUUCAAGCUUUAAAAGACAAUCAACAUAGAUUGAUAAGUGUAUUAGAUUUACAUUAUACGAUUAUGUAUAUAACUAAAAUGCUACAUACAGAAUUUAAAUCAAAAACAAAAUUUGAUAAUAAAGUAAGUGAUUUCAAUAGACAAUUUAAUGUUUCAAGGUAUGGACUGCUUAGGGAAAUCUCGCCAUCGAGAACUUGCAGUCAUAUACCUAGAAUCAUGCCAAAUUUAUGUAUUUGUGCUGGAUAUGAUGUUUCCUCAAAAAAUCGAGCAUACCAUUUCAUAGUGGCAAUGUAUUUUGUUGGUAUGAUGAAUAACAAAAUUCAAACACAAAGGCGGGAGUCCAGUAAGAGGAAAAGUGCUGCGAUCAUGACAGGAGGUUUUGGAAGUUGUCAGCGAAUGAAAGUAAAGAAAAUGAAAAAUAUACAAGAAAGUACAGGAAAUAAGGGCCGAAACGUCUCGAGCGUGAAAGGGCCGAAACGUUGUGGGUCGAUUUUGUUUGGGACCGAAACGUCUUGUAAACAAAUAUGGCGGAAAGGAAGAAAACGCGUAAGCCGCGUAUGUCGCCAGAAACAGCUAAAAGGCGAAGAAAAGAAACUUAUAAGACAUAUGCACAAACCCGACACGCUGCAAACACCUAUCGAAGUAAAAGAAGAAUGUACACAAACACCAAUCCUACUCAUAGUAAAAGAAGAAGAUCAUUCAAUUCCUUCUGACGGGGAGGCAGCUGCCCACUCUUUUCCAGUGUCUGAUAUAUCUGAUCGAAUGAAGGGUUUGUCAGAAACAGAAACACCAGAAGACAGUCUUGUUUCAAGAUAUAAAGAGAGAGCCAGGGCUAUAGACAAAUCUUUCAAAGAGAUGCACUCUAAAAUGUCUAAGAUGGACUUGUAUGUGCAAACAGACGGACAAACUGUGGACGAGAUAUUUUUCAUAAGUAUUUGUAUUACAGAAGACUCGAGCUUUGCGUUGGGUAACUUUGACAGAAUAACACCAUACGGGAAAUACUCAAACUGUUCAGAUAUGGGAGUCGACUUGAAGUUGUGUAUAUGUAACAGCGAUAUUGAAGAUAUUCAAACAACAGCAUUAGAUGACAUAGAUCUUGACGAAGUUUUAGACAGUAUUCAUUAUAGCGAUUUAAAAGAAAACAUUACCUCUAUAAGUAUUAGUGGCAAUGAGUGUUUAUAUGUAGUUUCUCAAUCUAACAAAGCAGGGGUUGUUUAUGAGGCGUUUAAUAAUUGUAAGAUGCCAUUAGUGUUGAAGUUAUUUUUUAAACCAGUAAAUCUUGUGCUGUCGACAGCUAAUGAGGUACAAGUAAAAAUGUUCCAUGGUGAUAUAACAUUUUUAGCUGCUGGUGUUAGUGAAGUAAAGAAUGGUUGGUCUUGUGACAUGGGUCUUGAAGUCAGAUCUUAGUUUAUUCGAAAAGGAUGCACAACUUUUGUGAUGAAUUAUAUAGAAGAAAAGAGUUACACAACUUAAACUGGAAUCAACCAAAAUACUGGAAUUUGCAGCAGUUAACCAGAAUUAUCCAGCAAUUUUGUUACUUAACAAUGGAAAAUUGUAUUAUGUUUCCACAAAAAGUUUAUUUGCCUUUUUUAGUAGGUCACAUGGACAUGAUUAUGAGUCAAUUGCUUGACGAAAUAUUUACAAGAUAUUCAUUCCAUUUACAUACUUUGGUAUGAUUUUUAUCAAGAUAUAAACAAAUAUUCUACUAUAAUUUCAGACACCCCAAUAUUGUUUUAUGCUUUGUAAUUGUUGGCGGAAUCACUAACUUAGAUUUUUGUAUUUUUUUGUCGAAUUGUCAAAUUUUAUUCUAUAUAUUGUAAAGUAUAUUUAGAGAGCAUCCAGCUCACAAUUAUUUUUGUGUUUUUAUCUCUUGUUGUAUCAUUGAAACUUUCAUUAGAUUUUUGUUUGUAUUUGCUUGGUUUCACGUCACACCAAUACUAAAAAAUUUCACCAGCAAUUGUAUGAUAUUAUGUAUUACCUCUACAUGUAUAAAGCUAAAUAUCGGCUUCAAAAAUUGUUUUUUUUUAUUUACAAAAAGAACACUUCUAAAAUACCUAUAUGAAAGAAAUGUGUUUAUAUUAUGUAUUUCCUUAAGAGUGAUGAUGGCGCAUGCAUGUAAUCAUUGACAAACACAUUGCUAAAUGGUUAAAACCACACUUAAAAUACUCGUUAAUAGCAACAUAAUUAUUAUUAUAAAUAUAUUGGUUAUCAUUUUAGUCUCUUUACAAACAAUAUUGAUGUGUGUUAAACAGAGAAAUUCUAUUUUACAUCCUUUCGGAAAAUUGACCUUAAGAUUAUCCAACCAACAUAAUUUUACUGUUUAUAAAUUCAUAAUACUAGUAUAAUAAAUAAAAUCAUAAGAUAUAACUUUAUACCCUUUAAAGGGACUCAACUGAGUUUUUUUUACAUGACAUGAUUGAAAAUGUUUUUUUGUUGUUUUUUUUCAGAGAUUUCUUUACCAUUUGAUUCAGGUCUGGGCAAAUAACUUGUGUACGAAUUUUCAGAUCAUUCCCUCACCCAUUUAUUUAGAAUCAGAAUCAUCUCUUAUUGUGCAAAAUCACCCAAAACUACAAAA